CGUGCCCAUCAUUCCCGUAUCCAUUUCGGGCGUUAAGAGCGGUGAGGCAAGCGGGGCCCUCUGCAGCAGCUCCGAGAGACGAUUUUACCUCAAGUCCAUAUCAUCCGCGCCUAAUCUUACCUGCACCGAGCCAUCAUAUGCGAGUAGAGAUCUGUGCGUGAACGUGCCCGAUGCGCGCUCCCGUGUUCGGGCCGAUGCCCGUCUGGUGGGCGGUCGCGUCGCUGUGCGUGGCCGCCCUGGGGGCCGAAGCCCGAGCCCUCGAUGCCACACGCACGCUGGGGCAGCAGUGGGCCUUCAUGGCCGGCGCCGACGAGGGUGUCCCUCUGAACUGCGGCUCCGCCGCGGGCUGCGGCGUCGCACCCGAGCCCCGCGGCGGAGACGCGGCGCAGGUGGGGCUGCUGCAGGUGGCCGCGGGCGGCCCGGGCGAGGGGGCGUCUGGCACGUACGUCGUGGGGGUGCUGCUGGGUCUGAUGCUCGUGGCCCUGCUGCCGAUCCUCUACUACCAGGGCCUGUCGCCCUUCCUGGCGGUGGUGUCGUACGUCGGCUGCCUGUGCAUGGUCAAGAUAUGCGUGAAGGAUCUGUUCAUGAACGGCUACGAGUACCCGUACACUGUCACCAUGUUGCACAUGCUGUUCACGUCGAUCUUUGCUUCCAUGAUCGACCCCCCCAGUCUCUCCGAGGGCAGGUCCACGUUCAUGCUGUCCUUGGUGAAGGCGGCGUCCCUGGGUAUGAACAACAUGGCCCUGGUGUUCGGAAGCGCCGCCUUUGUGUCCAUCAUCGGCUCCUGCACGCCUGCGACCACCUACUUCGUCGAGCUCGUGAGACACCGCUCCCCGACCUUCGCUCGGAGCCUCGGGGUGGCCACGGUGUGCGGCGGGACGAUGCUGUGCGUCCACGGCGACCCGACCUUCUCCGCGCUCUCCCUGGUCCUCGCCGUGGGCGCCUGCUUCUCCAGGAGCCUGAAGGCCGUGUGGAGCCACGACCUGCUCUCAGUCAACAUGAGCGCGUACCGCCUGGCCGCGUGGAGCUCCAUCUGGUCCUGCGCCUUCAUGCUGGUCCCAGCCCUGAUCAUGGAGGGUGUGGAGCCGUACCGCAAGUUCACGACGCUGUCGCCCCACGCCAAGAUGGUCCUGGUGGCCUCGUGCCUGAUUGCCACCUGGCUGAACAUCGUCAUGUGCUUCUGCCUCAAGUACCUGGGCCCGGUGCAGCAGAACGUGUUCGGCCAGUUGGAGCUGCUGGCUGUGAUCAUGCUGGCGACCGUGCUCCUGCACGAGGUCGUCACCGUCAUCGAGUGGGUUGGCGUCCUCCUCAUAAUCGCUGGCUGCCUUUUCACCAAGCUUGACGACCAGAUCCACAAACUGAAGAAGAGGUUCUUCGACACGUCGGGGAGCAAAGACGAGACCCAGAAGUUGAUGCCGUAGGGGCGCGGGUGCGAGAAGAAAGAGAUGGAUGGGGUCAGGGACUGAAGGGUCAUUGCCGCGUCGUGCACAGCCAUACAUCGUUGUUGCGGUUCGUCGUCCCUCCUCUCCUCUGCUCCCUGUCUUGCGCGCUCCAUGCCAAUUCGCGACCAUUGUGCUUUUUUUCCCAGGACUGGUUCGCUCACCAUCUUGGGAGCAGGUUGUCCUUGUUUGACCCACUAGCCUGGGAGCAUGUGUGGGGGCGUUGCUGAUGAAAAGCGCACCUGUGCUGGCAUCCCUGGGCUGACAGGACCAGACGUCACAGCUACAUCACAGGGGAACAGGAGAGCCAGGUAGAGGGACGACAGACAGCGGCGCCAGAGAC